AUGGAAAGAUCAAUGACUGGCUCUCAAGAUGUAAAUAGCACACUGAGUUUUAAUGGAAACGUGAAACCAAUUUUGAAAUUGCCGAUUCCCACAGAGAAAAUCUUCUGCUUUGCUGGGAGUCCUGUACAAAUCGACCAUAAAAAGUGCAAAGUCUCAUUUCGAAAACCUGUGCAGAAUGUAGUGUUGGUGGAACCUAUCAUUUAUGAGCACGAGAAGAAAAUCAAGAGUUGCGCAUGUGAAAUAUUUUAAAUAAAUCUAAAUUGAAUAAGGGAUAUUAUAUAGAAAAGCUUUUAUUUAUGGCAAAUCAGCAUAA